UCACUGUUCAUCCAUUUAGCCUAUCUGAUAGGGAAUUGAAACCAGUGAUAUCCAACCUGACAGCACAUUGGAAUAAAUCGGAGAACUUGCUUUUGCUCCAAUUCCUUCUCUGAAAAUGAGCAGCCGACGGCGACGAUGCAAGCGUCAGUUAAUCAAGUUUACACAGCAUAUUGCUCGCUUAAUCACAGGAACUCUGAACUCAGAUAAUGAGGACGAAGAACAAGAGAGCACAAUGGUGCGGUAUCACCCUGAAAAUCUGGAGCAACUGCAGUCACAGACCCACUUCUCCAGACAAGAGCUGCAGUUACUCUAUAGAGGAUUCAAGAAUGUGAGAGUUCAGUAUAACCCCACCUGCUGGGAAUGUCCAAGUGGAGUUGUGAAUGAGGACACAUUUAAAAACAUCUAUGCUGUGUUCUUCCCACUGGGAGAUUCAUCAAAGUACGCUCAGUUUCUCUUCAAUGCAUUUGAUAAAGACAAGAAUGGCUCUCUCAGUUUUGAGGAGUUAGUCUGUGAUCUCUCUGUUUUGUUGAGAGGCACUACUGAAGAGAAGCUGAAUUGGGCUUUCAAUCUAUAUGACAUCAACAAAGAUGGACAGAUUACUAAAGAGGAAAUGUUGGAUAUUUUGAAGUCUAUUUAUGAUUUGAUGGGGAAAUCAAUCCACCCACGGCUCAAAGAGGAGGCAGUGAGGCAACACGUCAGAAUUUUCUUCCAAAAAAUGGACAGAAACCAGGAUGGUGUGGUAACUAUUGAUGAAUUCAGUGACUGCUGCCAAAAAGAUGAAAAUAUCAUGCAGUCUCUUAAGAUUUUUGACAAUGCAGUCUAGAUGCUAGAUGUUCAGGAAUUCCACUAGUACUUGGACAAUUCUAUUAUCCAAUUCUCAUUGGAUAAUUUCAUAUUUUCUGUGCUGCUGUUCUGGAAUUCUCUAGACAGCUCUGGAUAACUCUGGACUGCUCCAGACUUCUGUGAACUGACUGCUGAAUGCAUACAUACCUAAGUAGAAGUUUGGGGCUCUAGUGUGAUGCAAAUAUAAUGUACAUGUUAGUGGUAGAAAACACACACACACACACACACACUAUUUUUCAUCUAAAGUUGUUUGCAUGCACAAUGUGCAAUGAUGAUGAAAUGUAGCUUCUUUUCUGAAGAGAAAGAGGUUGAAGAGCACUGAAGAGGUUGAAGAUGAUCAGAGCGUGACAACCUAAAUAUUAUGUUGGUGCUAUUUUCUGUUCUCUAAGUGCUGCAAUGCUUAUAUUCUUUAAAUUCU